CUCUUAAGCAUCCCGGCAGGAACGAACGGCUUAAACAUCGUAUACAUAACAGAAAUAAUCUCCAUUAGAGUUUUGUUGCAUUCUGUGAUGUUCGGAUAGUUUCUUGUCAUUUAAAACAUGUUUCAGUUAUCUUAACGACAUACUUUUUUCCAGAUGGUGUGAAUUGCUAGCUAAUACCAGCAUCGAGCUAAUCCUUUCUCAGCUGUAGCUAACAGCAAUGCAGAAGACAUGACGAUUAAGCAGACGUCCUCCUCCUCCUCCUCCUUCUCCUCCUCCUCCACCUCUCAGUGAACGUGUCCAGCAAUUAUCUCCUGUGUUUCGUGUUCCCAGGUAUUUCAUCCUCGUGAAAUGAAUUUCUUGCGCAAUCGUCUUGUUGUUCUGGGCCUGGUUUUGUUGGCCACAGUACUCCUCUACCUGCUGCUGCCGUCCAUUCGCCAGGGCAGCAUGGAACCAUCCCUCGAAGCGCAAAGAAUGGGGCUGAUGGCCACCCCUCCACCUCCACUUCCAACCCUCAAUGUGUCUAUUCGCACAGGGCAGCUACCAGGGGACCCUCCUCUCUUUUUCAGAGAGGCUUUACCUGUUGACAGAGCUGGCCGACAAAAAUUGCCAUGGUUGCAAGUGGUUCUUCUGCAUGGUCAGGCCUUCACAUCCAAAACCUGGGAAGAGCUUGGUACAAUGGCUAUUCUGGCAACUAAUGGAUAUCAGGCCUUAGCCAUGGACCUUCCAGGUUAUGGAAAAUCACCAGACUCUGAGGCUCUAAAGACUGAUCAGAGUCGCGUGGAACUUCUUUCAAGGUUCAUGGAGUCCUUGGGUGUCCGGGCUGCUGUGCUUUUGAGCCCCUCCAUGAGUGGACAUUACUCCAUCCCUUUUCUCAUGAAGAACAGUGCACAGCUACAAGGCUUUAUUCCCAUAGCCCCGGUCGGCACCAGAAGUUACACACCACAGCAGUACCGAAAUAUUCAGACCCCAACUCUGAUUGUGUAUGGUGCACUGGACACAAACCUGGGUGCCCAGUCCCACAAGAACCUCAUACAACUUCCAAAUCACUCAGUAUUGAAGCUAGAAGGAGCUCGCCAUGCCUGCUACAUGGACAAACCCAGAGAAUUUCACCAAGGAUUGAUCGACUUUCUCAGCAAAUUGAAGAGAGAAGAAAGACAAGAAUGAGAAAAGAUGUGUGAAAAAGGAGGAGAAUCACAUGUCUAAUUUGUGUUUUUGUUUUUUGUGAAAAUUUUCCAAAAGAUUAGAAUUUUUCUUUUGUUGUCAUCACCUGAAGCAAAAAGCAUCGGCAUGGAAAUGAAAUUCAAAACAUGAAACAUGGCAUGUAGUUAAAAACAAUAGAUUUGACUUCAGUUUCCAUAGUGUUACCUAAACAUAUACCAGCUCAGCUUAUUUUUAAAAUAGCUUCAGACUUUACACUGGUGAGUUCUGUCCCAUAUCUCUUUUUGCAUGUAAAACAUGGAAUGUUGUUAUUUAAUGGUUACCAUUUUUGUAGGUGACAUGUAUGUUACUGUAAAUAUGCAUUUAUUGUAUAAACGUAGCAUGUGUCUGAGUUUAAGUUGCUUCUGUUGCUUUAGAUUUUACAGGUUUACGUGUUAAGAUCUGGUAACCAUACCAGCCUCCAACAAAAUAUGCUCUACUGAGCAAAAAGCAAACAGAAGUGAUGGACACUGCAAUAAAAAAUGUAUAAAUGUAUGGACCAUAUGGAAAUGAUAAAAACAGGUCCACUUUCUGUAUAUAAUAAUGAAAGAGUAAUGUAAUAUAUUUGCAAUACGUUUGGACAAUCGUGCAAAAAUAAGCUUAUAAUAAGAUAUGGUAUAUGCAUAGCUUAAUAUAAAAACAAAAUGCUGUGUUUUGAAUGUUUUUGUGCCAAGUAUUGGGAAGUAAAGGAUAUUUUGGCCAAAUUACAAGUUGCUGUUGUGGCUCAUAAUGACAACAUCACAAACGUUCUGUUUUUUUGUUGUUUUUUUUUUUUUUUUUUUUUUGCCAGAGAUUAAAAUAAAAGCUAUCCAGUUUAUUUAAGAGCUAC